UCUUCAUAUGGGACCCGUUCCAAACCCCUGAUCAUUUUAGUUGCCCUUUUCUGAACCCUUUCCAAGGCCAAAAUAUCUUUUUUGAGAUGACUUGCUUUCUUUUUGAGGACUCCUCCCACUAUCCCGGGAUUUUAAAUAGCCUCCCCAGCUCCAAUGUUCCUGAGAAGCUGAAAACAAGCAGACAAUUUUCAUUGUCUUUAAAGGCGCAGAGAAAAGUUGUGGGCUGGCGUGGGAAGCUAUUUUUACACACACACCCUCCCUCCCCUUUUGCCUUUCAACUUCCUGGUAUUUUUUCUAAGCCUCUCUGUUUACCCAGCUAAUAUAGCCAGCUCUGUAUCACUUGCCGUCUGUUGCCUGGCAUGCACAUUUUCACCUGAGCCCAGCCCAGCCCACCUUGCUCAAAUAUGCAAAGCUGCUAUGGAAAGCAGACACUGGGUGUUCCAGCUGCCAGCUGGAAGCCGGGGCCAGUCUACCUGGUGCAGGUGAAAGUCACCUUGUCCCUAACUCCUCCAGGGAGCUCAGAGAGGCCUGCUUUGCCUUAAGCGAGUCCCCACCUGUCAAUUAUUAGUCAGAUUCUUCACAUUCCUGCCUGCUGGCCUGUGAUGGAAACAUGCCCAACGGGGCUGAAGUCAGCCGGGACUGGCAGACGGACAUGCAGCUCGCUGGGAAGUUGGCGCUUUCCGCGGUGGCUCUGCUCCUCCUGACUGCGGCGUAUCGAUUCUAUAAGGCCCGACCAUCCAGCAGCCUGGAGGGAAGUGAGCUCAUGGAAGCUGACAAUGCCAUGGGGCAGAGAGAAAAGGCUGCAUCCGGAAGGGGAGGUGCAGAAGAAACUCCACAGGGAUUCAGGCACAGGCAAGUCAAUAGCUGUGGGGCGAGGCCAGGCAGCGGCCAAGUGAAUCGAAGGGCGCACCUGGGUGGGACGGCGGUGUUGGGAACAAAGGGCCCGCAAAGCUCCCCUCCCCAGGGGGAUGAAAGGCUGCCGAAUGGGGCGGAGAAAGAGAAGGGAAAGGAGGCUUAUCUGCUGGGCUCGCAAUCCCAGCCACACAAAAAGCCUCCUGUUUCAGAUGGAAAGGGGCAGAGUCCAGGUGUAAUCCCGAGUGCGGGACUGGUGGCUGCAGCAUACGGCACAGACCAGGAGACGCCGGAGGCAGGAACAGGUGCAGGGGGUAAGCAGGACCUUGCUGGUCUGGCAAGCAAAGCUGAUGGCAGCAGUGGGGCCAGCCAGGACGUAGCCUCGCAGCAACCUGGGGUUUGCCUCAGCCCCCGGCACAACCCUUGCGGCGCCAGACUGGGAAAUGCUGCUGAGCUCACAGCAGCUGGCAGAUCCACUCCAAACCCCGAAGAGGAGGAAGCAGGAGCCAUGAGUGAGCGUUUGGCCUGGAAGCAAACGGCCUGGCCUGGCCAGGAGAGGAUUCAGACCCUGCAGGCUAAAUCAGACAUGGGCUUAGCAAUCAACCAAAGCAAUAAUGGCUCAGAGGCCUCCUACACUUUCUCCUCCUUUGCGAAGAUCCAGGUGGAGGAGAACUAUAUUCAAGAGAGGCGGCCCCGGGAAGACGAGGCGUGGCCGCCCGCACCCUCUGCGACUAGCCUGCGCGGGAAAGUCUAUGACUACUACAUCCAGUCCACCUCCCAGUCCGUGUCGAAGGAGCGGCCCCGCUCGUACUCCGGCUCACUCCCCUACCCCGACACGACCCAGACGGAGCUACGGGAUGAGGAGACGUGGCCGCCCCUGUCGAUGCCCCGCCAGCCAGCCAGCGAGUCGGUGGUGGGAGAUGAAGGCAGGGUGUCCCCAGCAGCAAACACCCCCCCUCUCUCUCCCAGUCUCCUGCCUUUCAGACACCCCCCGGAGAGCGGGGAGCUUGCCGACGGGGGGGCUGCCUCUGAGCCGGGCAGCUCCUUCUCACAGGCAGCUGAACCAGACCGCAGGUUCGGCAGGAAAGGGAGUUUCCACCAAAUUGCAGAUCAUCCCGAAUUUCAGGUGCAGAUGGAGGGGUUCGGGGCUUUGACAUUGACACCAGCCAGCAGAAACUCUGUUUCCAGUACUCCCCCUGCCAGCCCUUUCUGCUUGGGCGCCAUUGUUCCUGGAGUGGAGUCUUUUCCCAGCCUCCAGCCUGAUGCAAACAACCAACCCAGGCUGGAACUGGUUGCUGGUGCCAACUUCUUCAAAGUCCCAGUAAGUUUGCAAUCUGCCAUGGACGUCCACCUGGACUUGGGCAACUGCUACGACGUUCUGUGCCUGGCCAAGAAGCAGAGACUGGACAGUCUCCAGGAGGCAGCCUAUAAGGUCAUGAGUGACAACUACCUCCAGGUCCUCAAGACCCAGUCUAUCUACGGGCGCCUCAAUGCCAGGGAGCGGGAGCUGAUCCUGCAGAGGAGGAUGCAGGGCAGGAAGUACGUCACCGUGGCAGACGUCAGCACACAGGAGUGUAAUUUGCACACCAGCAGGCUCUGUUACUAUGACGACGAAGGUGAUGUCUGGCACCAUCUGUCCCAUAUGCCCAUGGAGACUGUGUCUAGGGGCUGUGCCGUCUGCAGCAUGUUCAAUUACCUCUUCGUGGUGGCCGGCUGCGAAGGGCUGGGCCGGCACCAAAAAUCUUCCAACAGGGUCUUCUGUUACAACCCGCUGACCAAUAUCUGGCAGGAGAUCUGCCCGCUCAACCAGGCCAGGCCUCACUGCAAGCUUGUAGCCUUGGAUGGGUACCUCUAUGCCAUCGGGGGAGAGUGCCUCUAUACCGUGGAGAGGUAUGACCCCCGCCACGACCGGUGGACCUUCAUCGCGCCGCUGCCCAACGAUACCUUUGCCGUGGCCCACACCGCGACGGUGUGUGACGGGGAGAUUUACGUGACGGGGGGCACGCUGCGCUACAUGCUGCUGCGGUACGUCAGCCGCUCGGACAGCUGGAAGGUCAGCCUCACCAGCGGGAGCAAGGACAGGACCACGGACAUGGUCACCGCCGGGGGAUUCAUCUACCGCUUCGACCUCAACCGCAGCAUGGGCAUCAGCGUCCACCGCUGCAGCCCGAAAGCUAAACUCUGGUACGAGUGCGCCACCCGACGCAUGCCCUACCCGGCCUGCUUCCAGUGUGCCGUCGUGGAGAACCUGGUCUACUGCAUCAGCCGCCAGUUCCACCUCCGGUUCCUGGCCGACUACGUCUCGCCGCGAUUCGGAAUCAAGGAGUUACAGCUUUUCCCUUCCGCCAGAGGGACCCUCUUCCCUGUCGUCCUGGUGCUGCCUGACAGAGACACAGUGCAAACGAGGGUCUGACAGGAAGCUCAGAACCCCAUCUCUGAUUCUUCUCCUCUGGUCCUAUGCUCCAGGGCCAAAGGCAGCUCCCAGCACCUGCACCACAGAACUCAGAGCCUGCUCAGAGCCAGGAGAUCCAGUUGCAAGGUUCUAUUCAGCCCGUGAUAGAGAUGAUCCAACUAUGGCAUUUGAAGCCACACUGGGUGGAAGGGGCUCUUAUCUGUAGUUCAAGCCCCUCUCUACUUAAAAAGUAGCCUGUGGCCUUUCAUCCUUGCAGGGCAGGGCGGGAGAAAGCUGGCUAAUUAUAUUUCCAUAGCUGGCAAAUGCCUCUCGCUGGCAGUUCCACAGAUGUUGCAAAUAGUCGGUUGGGUGGGUGCAUUUUUGGGGGGGAGGGAAAUAUUUUUUGGACCGGAAAAUAUUUAAAUGCAUGUAAAUUUAGGGGCGGCUUAAAAGCAGGCCUCAGGCUCCCGGGAAGUCGCGAAAGUGGCCGUGGCUGGAGUAAAGUUUGGGACACCGCAAUUUUCCACCGUGCGUGGUGGAUGAUGCAUCCGAAAGGCAACAGAAAAAAACAAUGCAAAGGGAACUCACUCCUGGGAGGUUUAUAGAGCGUGAAGGGGGAGAGGGGGAGACUGAGAGGCCUCCAGAUUGUGUUGUGAUUGACACUGAUGCAAUCCUAGGAUGGCUGUAAGGCA